AUGAGUGCAGAUGAAAAAGUAUUAUUAAUUCGAUCUAAAGUAAAUUUGGUGCAAUUUGAAAAUCCAGUAUUGAUAUCCAACAAUAACCAGGCUAAACAAGAUACAAAUUCUGUUAAAACCAAUGCUCACCCAAUGGAAUCUGGGGACGAUGUGGACGAGUGCGAGCGACAGAGUUGUGAUGACGUUUUGAACAGCAUAUUACCGCCAAGAGAAUGGGAAAAGGACGGUAAAACAUUUCGUCAAUGUAUAUCCAAUAAACCAGCUACCGAAAUCAAUGUUAAGAAACUCAAUGAGAAGUUCGAUACACUUUUGAAACAAUAUAAUGCCAAGGAAGUUGGAAUUUGCCCGAUCAAGGAAGAAUUAUACAGGCAAUGUUUCAAUGAAGUCAUUAGACAAGUAACGUUAAACUGUACGGAACGAGGUCACAUGUUAAUCCAGAUUCGUGAAGAAAUCCAGAUGACCAUCGAUGCCUAUAAAGAACUUUACGAAAGCGUAUUAGCAAAUGGGAUUCGAAAGUUAUUACGGAGGGAACACAAAAAAUCCGAUUUAUCAAUUAGAGCGAAACAGCUGACUUCCGAAAACGAAAAUUUAGAGAUCGAGCUAGCCGAAAUUUAUUUGAUGACAGAAAAGCUUGAACGUGACGCGGCCGAACAGCGUGACGCGGCGAUCAAACGCCAAGCCGAAGAGUUGACAUCUCUGAAAAAAUCCAAUCAACUGAUUAAAAUUCAAUUGGAGUCAAUCAUCUCCCCGAAAAGAGUAUAA